AUGUCUCCGCGCAAGCAGCAAACACACAAGAAGCCAUCACCUCUGCUCUCACUUCCGGCCGAGCUUCGCAACCACAUCUGGCAAUUAUUGCUGGUGGCACCCUGUCCCAUCAAACUCGCACUCGAAGACGACGCCGGCCGCAUCACAGCCAGGAUCCAGAACUAUCACGAAGCAUCCCCCUCACCAUCCCUUCUGGCAGUCAACAAACAGAUCCACAACGAAGCAACCGCAUACCUCCACAGCGACGAUACCUUCACUUUCGCCCACGAUCCACGCGCGCUGUGGGCUUUCACCAAGGGCAUCAAGAAAUCUGCCCGACUCGUCCGACACAUCGAUAUCGCAGCUCCGAUUGCACUCAGACAGGCGGCACCCGUGUUCGCGGCAUUGCAAGCAUUGACCGGCUUGGUCACACUCGAGAUGUCGUAUAACCCCAGAGUCGCACAGAGUCCUCGCGUCAUGGCGGAUAACCUCCUACAGUGGGCACGGGCCAGCGUGAGGCAUCAGGGGAAGCGGGUCGAGGAAGUGAUUGGUGGGCUAAGGUUUUAUCAUGUUGGCUACUUGAGUCGUCCGGGAGGUCGGCAGAAGGUCCCUUCGUUGGGGUCCAAGGAGGAGGAUCCGUCGGACUUGAGGGCGGCGGAGGAGUAUACGAGGGAUGUGAAGGUGCAGCUUGUGCGGUUGGUGAGGGCCGGGGGAAAGUGA